GCGGUGGAGCCGCCCCUGCGCGGAGCUCUGCGCGCAUCCUUCCGUCCCCUCCCGUCAGCGCUGCAUCCCCCAGCAAACAUUCCAUCCCUCCCGCAUCCCCCAGCGAACAUUCCUUCCCUCUGGGCAUCCUUCCAUCCCCCUGCGCACCUGCCAUCCCCCCCGCGCAUCCUUCCGCGCACUCCUUCAACCCCCGCUCCCCCUCCAUCCAUCCCCCAAGCACUCCUCCGUUCCUCCGCGCAUCUCUCCGAGCAUCCCCCGGCGCACUCCCCUCCACUCUCCGCGCACUCCUCCGUGCACUCCUCCGUCCCCCCGCUCACUCCUCCAUCCUCUCGCGCACUCCUCCAUCCCUCCUCCGUCUCUCUGCUCACUCCUCCAUCCCUCCCCCGUCCCUCCUCCAUCCCUCUGCUCGCUCCUCCAUCCCUCCUCCAUCCCUCCAUCCGUCCCCGCACCCUGCGCCCAUCCCCGGCCGCCGGUGCCGCUCCUGCGGGGGAUGGCGGAGCGGCCGCGUUUCCUCUGCGGCGUGGUGGAAGGUUUCUAUGGCAGACCCUGGUCAAUGGAUCAGAGGAAACUUCUCUUUCAAUGGCUGCAGCAGCGGGGGCUGAACUGCUACAUGUACGCACCCAAGGAUGAGCUGAAGCACCGUCUGCUCUGGAGAGAGCCCUACACAGAGCAUGAGGCAGCCCGCAUGCGGUCUCUCAUCGGGGCUGCCCACGAACGGGGGGUGGAGUUUAUUUUCGCUAUUUCUGCCGGCCAGGACAUGGUGUUUUCCAGCGCUGGGGAUCGCCUCCUGCUGCAGCAAAAACUCAGGCAGGUGGCCGCCCUGGGGUGCCGCUCCUUCGCGCUGCUCUUCGACGACAUCGACCCCUGCAUGUGCCAGGCUGACAGAGAUGUCUUCCCCUCCCUGGCACAGGCUCAGGCCUCUGUGGCUAACCAGGUGUACCAGGAGCUGGGCCAGCCCUCAGUCUUCCUCUUCUGCCCUACAGAAUAUUGCAGCUCACUGUGCUCUCCCAGCCCCAGCCAGUCCUGCUACCUGCAGACCAUUGGGCAGGAGCUGCUCCCAGGGAUCGCUGUCAUCUGGACAGGCCCCAAGGUGGUGUCCCAGGAGCUGUCAGCAGAGCUGCUGGAGGAGGUGGAGGCCGUCCUGAGGCGCCCUCCCGUCAUCUGGGACAACCUCUACGCCAACGACUACGACUGCAGACGAGUUUUCCUGGGCCCCUACAUGGGCCGAGCUCCUGGCCUCAUGGCCAGGCUCCAAGGGCUGCUCCUCAACCCCAACUGUGAGCUCCAGGCCAACUUCAUCCCCAUCCACACGCUGGGCGCCUGGUUUGGGAGCGAGCUGGGGAGCUGUGCCCACCCUGAGCACACAGGAAUGGAGGGAGCCCUGGGGGACAGCCAAGGAGCUCAGGAUGGAAGUUACAGCCCGCAGGAAGCCUUGGAGCUGGCUCUGCAUGACUGGGUGGCUGAGAUAAACCAGCAGGCCUUGGAGUCAGGAGGAAGGACCCCAGCACAGCCCAGUGUCAGCCUCAAGGGAGGACCAAAGCUGCAGCCUGGCACAGCAGGAGGACAGGAGGGCACCCCUGACCCUCAGCCCCACAGCUCUGCUCCUGGUGGGGCAGACCAGCACAGCCCUGAGCCCUGCGGAGAGGCACCAGAGGAGGGGUGCAGGGAGGUGACCUCAGCCAGGACACCCCCUGGCCACCAGCUCACCACCCCAGGGAGCUGUGAGCCCCCCUCUGCUGUGCCCAGCAUGGAUGGGAGUGCCCAGUCUGCAGGAACCACAGAGGCCACCAAGACCCUCCCCAGCCCUAUCACAAGCUCCAGCAGUGGGGCCAACACCAGUCAGAACAUCUCCCUGCCCACCAGUGAUGCCAGGACAGGGGAUGGCAGCCCCAUCCACUCUCCCAGCAGCACCCAGCCUGAGGCCAUCAGGACUGAUGUGCCCCAGACACCCCCAGGACCUGGGGAUGGUGCCAGCCCUGGUGCCACAGCCCCACUGGCUGAUGAGGUUGGUGCUGGGCCUGGCCCCAGGGCACCAGUGACCCCAGAGGAGGCUGGGCCUGGCCCCAUGAGCCCCAAAGAUGCCAGAACCAGCCCCACAGCAAAGAUGACCCCAGAGGAGCCCAGGACCAGCCCCAUGGCAUCAGUGACCCCAAAAGAGGCUGGGACCAGCCCCACAUCCCAGGUGGCCCCAGAGAAGGCCAGGACCAGCCCCAUGACUGCCAAGGAGGCCAGGACCAGCUCCACAUCCCAGGUGACCCCAGAGGAGGCUGAAUCUGGCCCCAUGACCCCUAACGAGGCCAGGACAAGCUCCACAUCACAGGUAACCCCAAAGAAGGCUGAGUCUGGCCCCACAACCCCCAAGGAGGCCAGGACCAGCCCCACAUCCCAGGUCACCCCAGAGAAGGCCAGGACGAGCCCCACAUCCCAGGGGACCCCAGAGGAAGCCAGACCCCACCCUACAGCACCACUGACCUCAAAGGAGGCCAGACCCCACCCUACAGCACCACUGACCCCAGAGGAGGCCGUGCCCAGCCCCACAUCACCCCUGACCCUGGAGGAGAUGCGGAUGCUGGUGGAGCUCUUUUACCUGCCCUACCAGCACGGAGCUCUGGCACAGCAGCUCCUGGAGCACUUUCGGUGGCUGCGAGCCAACAGCCUCAGCGUGGGGGUCCCGGACACAGCUCCUGAUGCCUGUGGGGUCACGCAGUGGCGGGGCCGGGCUCGCUCCUUCCAGCGGCUCUGCGCCCGGACGUGCCGCCUGCACAGCCGCCUGGUCAGCACGGCCGGCAGGGCGCUGCUCUACGACCUGCACCCCUACCUGUGGGACAUCCGGAACCUGCUGCUGGCUGCCAGUGCCUUCGUCCUCUGGCUGGAUGGUCACCUCCUGUGCGACCCUGACCCCAAGGGCACCUGGGGGAGCUGCUUUGGCUGGUGCCAGAGCAUCAGCGCCCCGAUGCUGCUGGGGAGGGACGCCGAGCCCUGGGCGCGCCGUGGGGGCCUCUUUGGAGAGCUGCAGGCACUGCUGCCCGUGGGGAACAGCUGUGACCUCUUCUACCAUCCACCCCCACUGUUCCCGUCCAGCCAGCUGUACCUGCUGCGCCCGCUGCUGCCCCUGGACAAGGGAGAGCUUUACCGCAUGUGCCGCGAGAGCCUGGACUGCGAUCCCAAAGUGGCAGAGAUCCUCGUGGCCCACCCGGAUCUCCUCGGUGACAGACUCCUGGGCAGUUUCCUCAGCCUGAGCCCUGAGUAUACCUUUGUGCUGGAGGAUGAGGAUGGCCCCUGUGGCUAUGCAGCCGGAGCACUCCACGCCGAAGGCUUCCUGCAGCAGCGAGACAGCAGCUGGCUGCCAGCCAUCAGGCACAAGUACCCCCCAGAGCUGGGCACAGGGGGGGCAGCUCUGGGACAGGAUGCCCUGGAGGAAGCAGUGCUCUUCUUCCACACAGAGCCCCUGGCAGUGCCCCAGCCCGUGCUGAGGCGUUUCCCCUCCCUGGUACAGCUGGGCACGGCCCCCCGUGUGUUGGAUGUUGGGGCCAGUCGCAGCCUGGCCCUCUGCCUGCUGAGUGCACUCAGGGCCAAUGGCUCGCGGGGAGUGUUCUGCCAGGUCAGUGACUCCGACAGGCAGCAGCUGAGCUUCUACAGCAAGCUGGGCUUUGUGGCCCUGCCCGUGGCCUGGGGCAGCUCUCCUGGCUCUCAGCUCCUGGGACGACUCCUCUGAUGACAGGGCACAGGGAGGCAGUGCCCCAGGCCAGGCUGAGCCCCCCAUCCCACAUAGCAUCGGCCUGAGCAAGCGGGAGCAGAGGGGCACCUGGAGCAGGCCAGGUACACAUGGGAGGGGACAUGGGGGUGAGCAGGAUGUCACUGGGGUGUGUGCAGGGCUGUGAGGUGCCUGGGUAGCAGAGAGCUAUUUCUGCUGCUCAAGGGAUUUGGUCACCUCUGUGCCACCCCAACUGUUUGCUGGGUACCCUGCACCUUUGCUGGGCAUCCUCAGGCCUGCAGGAGCUCCUGAGCAGUGUUUGGGUUUGUGGUCCUGGGGCACAGCACGGUGCCUUAGUGCCACAGGAGUGUCCCUGUCAUGCAGGCUGGGCUGCCCAGCUCUCUCCAUGCCCUGUGGGCCUUAGACUGGGCAGCUGGUGCUGGGGCUGGCUCUCAGCACUGAUGAGGACCUGCUGGUCUGUAUGGACUGAUCUGGUAUGGGCUGUGGUGGGGCAGCCUCUAUUUUUGUCCCUGGGGCCUGAGGGAAGCGCUGUCCUUGGCAAUAAAGCGUUUG